UAGCAAGAAGCAAUGAGUCUAAGAAAGUGUAUGUCUCUUCAAUUUAGAGAGAGAAGAUGGAAACAUCAUUGUUUUUCUUUUCUCAGUUAAAUAUGUGUGAAUCAAGAGAAAAAACGUUUUUCAAAUUAAUACAUGGUUCAGGAAAAGAAGAAACAAGGAAAGAAGAAAAAAUCAGAUCUAAGGAAAAAAGAAACAGGCUCAGUCUUCUUGUGCAGAAACUUGAGUUUCACGAAGAGACUCACUCCAGUAGAUCUGGGCACUUGGCCCAAGAAAGAAGAAUCUCCCCUGCAGAAGCAGUGAUGUGGGGUGAAUCAUUUGAGAAACUGCUUUCCCAUAAAGAUGGAUUGAAGACUUUUACCAGAUUUCUUAAAACAGAAUUCAGUGAAGAAAACAUUGAAUUUUGGAUAGCCUGUGAAGAUUUCAAGAAAAGCAAAGACCCUCAGCAAAUUCUCCUCAAAGCAAAAACAAUAUAUGAAAAAUUUAUUCGGAGUGAUGCUCCACAAGAGGUAAACCUUGAUUUCCACACCAAAGAAGUCAUUACUAAGAACAUCACUCAACCCACGCUUCAAUGUUUUGAGGCAGCACAAAGCAGAGUGUAUCAGCUUAUGGAACAAGACAGCUACACACGGUUUCUGAAAUCUGACAUCUACUUAGACUUGGUAGAAGGAAGACCACAAAGAGCAACAAAUCUUCGAAGAAGAUCACGCUCAUUUACCUACAAUGAUUUUCAGGAUGUUAAGUCAGAUGUUGCCAUUUGGUUAUAA